AAAACAUUGGGGUGCAGGCUGCUCAACUCGCAGUGCUGCUUCUCUCGAUUCUCUUCACUUCCGUUUCCCUCCCUCCUAAUUAUAUGUGAGAGAAUGCUCAAAUGCGGUGAUAGCUAGCUCAAACGUACUUACACCAUGGCUACUGCUGCUGUAGCUCGACCGCGAGCAUCCCUGCCGGUCAGGCGACUUCUACGGCCUCAGUCCACACCGAUAGAUCUCUCCCGAAUCUGCAGAAGAUGCCUGUCUCAACAACAGCACCUCCGUCAACGAGCGGCAUCAGAUGUCCAGAAGGCCGAGCCAAUCUUCCUAGAAAGAGAUGCCCUGUUCAGUGAAAGACACAUUGGUCCUUCAAGGAAGGAUGCGGCGCAGAUGGUCAAGUCUUUGGAUCCGCCAGCCAAAGAUCUGGAUGAUUUCAUUGACCAGACACUUCCGCCCGGCAUUCGCGCGAAGAGCCCCUUGACCCUGCAGAACAUGUUCGGCAAAGGGAAUACUCUGGGACUGCACGAGCACGGAAUCGAAAGAGAACUACACAGUCUGUCAAACGACAACCAAGCCUGGCGAACUUUCAUUGGGGCUGGAUACUACGAUACGAACACCCCUGCGGUCAUUCAAAGGAAUGUGCUCGAGAACCCUGCCUGGUACACCAGUUACACUCCUUAUCAGGCCGAGAUCAGUCAGGGUCGCUUGGAAUCCCUCUUGAACUUCCAGACCUUGGUCACCGACCUUACGGGCCUUGCCAUUGCCAACGCCUCCGUUCUUGACGAAGGCACCGCUGCUGCCGAAGCCAUGACCCUGUCCAUGAAUGCUUUACCGACGUCUCGACAGAAGAAACCGGGCAAGGUAUUUGUGGUUUCAGACCUGGUUCACCCACAGACCAUCGCAGUUCUCGAGUCAAGGGCAACGGGUUUUGGCAUUAACAUCGUGGCCGGAGAUAUUCUGAAGCAAGAUUGCCAGCUGGUCAAAGAUCAAGGAGACAACCUGAUGGGCGUGCUUGCGCAGUACCCCGACACGACGGGUGGUGUUUUUGAUUUUCAGAAUUUGUCGGACGUUGUUCAUGGCGCCGGGGCUACGUUCUGUGUGGCAACAGACCUCCUGGCUUUGACCCUUCUCAAAGCCCCUGGAGAGUUCGGCGCCGAUGUUGCAUUUGGGAAUGCACAACGGUUCGGUGUUCCUCUAGGCUACGGUGGGCCGCAUGCUGCGUUCUUCGCCUGCAACGAAAAGCACAAAAGAAAAAUCCCCGGUCGUCUGGUUGGUGUCUCUAAAGACCGCCUCGGUAAUACUGCACUUCGCUUGGCUCUUCAGACUCGCGAGCAGCAUAUCAGAAGAGAGAAAGCCACCAGCAACAUCUGUACAGCCCAAGCCCUGCUUGCAAAUAUGAGUGCUUUUUACGCCAUCUACCACGGACCACAUGGUUUGAAGAAGAUCGCUCAGCGAAUAUCUGCCAUGGCUAGAUUUGCCCAAAGCAUGCUUAAAAGCAACGGCCACGAAAUAGUGACGCAAGGAGUUCGAGAAGAUGGCUCUGUAUUGUUCGAUACCGUGACUGUUCGAGCGAAGGACCCGAAAGGCUAUCGGAAAAUACUGUCUCGGGCUAGAGAAAAGGAGAUUCUACUGCGACAGAAUGUACCUGGAAGCAGCGAAAAGGAGUCCUUGCUCGCUUUCUCUAUUGACGAGACCACCACCAGCAGAGAUCUAGGUGUUCUCCUCGAAUGCUUUGGCAUCAGCAAUUCCCGGUAUAUGGAGUCAUUGACACGUCCGGACACUGUUGCUGCUGCAAACAACGACGCCAUACCUCCUGAACUUGCAAGACAAACUCCUUUCUUGACACACCCUGUCUUCAACCAACACCAUUCUGAAACCGAGUUGCUCAGAUACAUCCAUCAUUUACAGUCCAAAGAUCUGUCGCUGGUUCAUUCCAUGAUUCCUCUUGGUUCAUGUACCAUGAAGCUCAAUGCUACCACUGAGAUGUUGCCAGUAUCGUUCUAUGGAUUCUCGAAACUCCAUCCCUUUGCUCCGAUAAAGAACGCCCAAGGUUACAUGAAGCUCGUCGCAAGACUGUCGGAUUCCUUGACUGCGAUCACGGGCAUGCAUGAUGUCAGUCUGCAGCCAAACUCUGGUGCUCAAGGAGAGUUCGCUGGAUUGCGAGUGAUCAAAAAAUACCUCGACAGCAAAGACGGUACCCAAAAGAGAAAUAUUUGCCUUAUUCCAGUCUCUGCGCACGGCACAAAUCCCGCCUCGGCAGCUAUGGCGGGAAUGAAGGUAGUCCCCCUCAAGUGUGACACCAAGACCGGCAACCUCGACCUCGACGAUUUGAAAACGAAAUGCGAAAAGCACAAAGACGAAUUGGCCGCCAUCAUGAUCACAUACCCUAGCACGUUUGGCGUGUUCGAACCUGCAAUCAAGGAGGUUUGCCAGAUUGUGCACGAUCAUGGAGGCCAAGUCUAUAUGGAUGGAGCCAACCUCAACGCCCAAAUUGGCUUGUGCAAUCCGGGUGAGAUAGGCGCUGAUGUCUGCCAUCUGAAUCUACAUAAGACGUUCUGCAUUCCUCACGGUGGCGGCGGACCGGGUGUGGGACCCAUUGCCGUCAAAGAGCAUCUCAAACCUUUCUUGCCAUUCCACCCUCAUGUCGAUCCUCACCCAGGCGAGAACCGAGCAACGACAGCGAUCUCUCCUGUCAGUUCGGCGCCGUGGGGUAGCGCAUCUAUUCUUCCGAUCAGCUACGCCUACAUCCAACUUAUGGGCAGCGAAGGUCUGAAACAUGGUACCGAAGUGGCCCUCUUAAACGCAAACUACAUCAUGUCACGUCUCAAAGCACAUUAUCCAAUUGUCUACACCAACACCAACGGCCGUUGCGCGCACGAAUUCAUCCUCGACGCCCGAGGGUUCAAGGAGACAGCAGGCAUCGAAGCGAUCGAUAUCGCUAAGAGACUUCAAGAUUAUGGUUUCCAUGCUCCGACAAUGAGUUGGCCUGUGGCAAAUACACUCAUGAUUGAACCUACCGAGUCGGAAUCCAAGGAGGAACUCGAUCGGUUCUGUGAUGCGCUUAUCGAGAUCAGAAAGGAGAUCAAGGCCAUUGAAGACGGCCAGGCUCCAAGAGAAGGCAACGUUCUCAAGAUGUCUCCUCAUCCUCAAGCAGAUUUGAUGCGGAACGACUGGGACCGGCCGUAUACCAGGGAACAGGCGGCGUACCCUCUGCCGUGGCUGAGAGAGAAGAAGUUCUGGCCGUCGGUAGCCCGUGUUGAUGAUGCGUAUGGUGAUACUAAUCUUUUCUGUACUUGUACACCUGUGGAAAGCUAUGAAGAGCAAGAUCUCACGGGUCUGCAGGCGCCGAUGCCGACAUAGAUACUUAGGUACUGUAGGACUGGAAACGUAAUACGGAUGGGUUGGGGCAUUGCAUGAAUGAUCGGAGUUCAACAUUCUGGUCUGGAAAAGAGCGGGUUUCCAACUUGGCGUUUACCUUCACUGAGAAAUGUCGUGCCACAUUCAGUGCAGGGCAACUUGCCCUUCUGGAACGGGCAUGGAUAGGAAAGAUCUACUUUCAACGAGUAAUAACUUUGGGAGUAGCCGAUAUCUUCAUCUUCAACGAAUGCUGCCGAUGGCUGCUGUAGUACGGAUAUGGUACCAGGUCCCCAGCUUCAAGCCUUUUCAACGUCUGCGGAUCAACAAUUCCAGCUUUAUUAGGCGCUUUUUUUCUCGUUCACCAAGUCAAACCAAACCUGUACGAGCCCAUUCUUCUACACAAGGCCAUUGAGCGGUCCAUUCUGAUUUACCUAGGUAAUCUUGAUGGGAAUGGAAUUACUACAUGACUACCUUAGGUAUCCAGAACAAUCGAAGCAAGGAAGAUUACGGAGUGAAGGGCUGUGUGUGAUCGCAGUCGACGAUUGGGCUUCGGACCGCGUCAACAAGUUACUAGGUACGAGGCAUUCCGGAAGGUCUUCUUUCUUGUCACUUUGUUGGUCUUUCCGCAGGGCGAGGGGUGUGGCCAUGAAACAUGCUGGGUUGGACAUUACCAAGUACUAGCUUACAGUAGUACAAUACAGUUUCAACGAGCAGAAAGAUACUACCUAUGUAGUACUUCUGCAAGAGAAAAUC